AGGAGCGAGAUUAUCCCUUUAAGCAGCAUCCAGAGGAGAGGAGAGCAAACAGGAGCGAUUCUGCAGAAUAUGGAGCGAAAUCGAGGCGUUUUCGGAUCGUCAUGCUGAUAUCGGAGAGGUAGAACUGCACAGGUUCUAUCUGUGUCUUUGUCCUGUAGGAGCAUCAGCAGUGUGGAAGUGGAGAGAGGAGGAUCAGAUCCAUUCAGUGCUCCAUUGGGAUCAUUUAACACUGGAAUGCCAGAGAGGAGAGCAGUGAUGCCGCCGCCGUCUGAUAUAGUUAAAGUGGCUAUUGAGUGGCCUGGUGCCAACGCCCAGCUCAUCGAGAUCGACCAGAAAAAGCCGCUUUCCUCCAUCAUCAGAGAGGUUUGUGAUGGGUGGUCUCUAUCCGGGUCUGAGCAGUUUGCCCUGCGUUACGCUGACGGACCUCAGCUUUAUAUCACUGAACAAAGCCGAGGAGAAAUCAAGAAUGGGACCAUUCUGCGAUUAGCCAUCUCUCCUAUGAGAGCAGCUCGGCAGCUCCUGGACCGGAUCCAAUCUCAUGGAAUUGAUGCCCGUCUUGAGGCUCUGAAGGAGCUUGCAAAACUCUCGGCGGAUCCCACCUUUGCCACGGAAUUCAUUAACAUGGAGGGCAUCGGGACGCUGGCACGGCUGGUGGAGAGCGGCACUCAUUUUGGGGAGAUGUUGGCCUUCACUCUUACAGCGUUCCUUGAGCUGAUGGAUCAUGGCAUCGUGUCCUGGGACCUGAUCUCUCUGUCCUUUAUCAAACAGAUCGCAGGCUACGUAAACCAGCCCAUGGUGGAUGUGUCCAUUCUGCAGCGCUCCUUGGCCAUCCUGGAGAGCAUGGUACUGAACAGUCACAGCCUGUACCACCGUGUAGCGCAGGAGAUCACCGUGGGACAGCUCAUCGGACACCUGCAAGUGUCCAAUCAGGAGAUCCAAACAUAUGCCAUUGCCCUCAUUAAUGCUCUGUUCCUUAAAGCUCCGGAGGACAGACGGCAGGAGGAGCACACUAAUCCUCUGGACCAGUGCCUUACUGAAAUGGCCAGCACACUGGCUCAGAAACACCUCAGAUCCAUCAUCCUUAAUCACGUCAUUCGUGGCAAUCGACCAAUCAAAGCUGAGAUGGCGCACCAACUGUAUGUCCUGCAGGUUUUAACCUUCAACCUUCUGGAAGAGCGCAUGAUGACCAAAAUGGAUCCCACUGAUCAGGCUCAGAGAGAUGUCAUCUUUGAGCUGCGCAGGAUUGCGUUUGAUGGAGAGAAUGAUCCGACCGGCACAGAAAAGAGGAAAGCUCUUUACACCAAGGACUACAAGAUGUUAGGAUUCACUAACCAUGUUAAUCCCGCCAUGGACUUCACUCAGACUCCUCCAGGCAUGUUGGCUCUAGAUAACAUGCUUUACCUUGCCAAGUUCCACCAGGACACCUAUAUCAGAAUCGUUCUGGAAAACAGCAGUCGUGAAGAUAAACAUGAGUGUCCAUUCGGCCGCUGUGCCAUCGAGCUGACCCGCAUGCUGUGCGAGAUCCUGCAGGUUGGAGAGCUGCCAAACGAAGGCUGCAAUGACUAUCACCCCAUGUUCUUCACUCACGACCGAGCCUGGGAGGAGUUCUUCUGUGUCUGCAUCCAGCUACUGAACAAGACCUGGAAAGAAAUGAGAGCCACAGCUGAGGACUUCAACAAGGUGAUGCAGGUGGUGCGGGAGCAGAUCACCAGAGCUCUGGCUAUGAAGCCAUCGUCUUUGGAGCAGCUGAAGAGUAAACUCCGCAGCCUGAGCUACUCCGAGAUCCUCCGCCUGCGCCAGUCUGAGAGAAUGAGCCAAGACGACUUCCAGUCUGCACCCAUUAUUGAGCUCCGUGAGCGAAUCCAGCCUGAGAUUCUGGAGCUGAUUAAACAGCAGAGGCUGAACCGCCUGUGUGAGGGAAGCUGCUUUCGCAAGCUGGGAAACCGUCGAAGACAAGAGAAGUUCUGGUUCUGUCGUCUCUCUUUGAACCAUAAAGUUCUGCACUAUGGUGAUCUUGAUGAGUCUCCACAAGGCGAGGUGCCUUUUGAGCUGCUGACAGACAAAAUCCCAGUGUCCGAUAUUAAAUCUGUGGUGACUGGGAAGGACUGUCCACACAUGAAGGAGAAAAGUGCACUGAAACAGAACAAGGAGGUUCUAGAGUUGGCGUUCUCCAUCCUCUAUGAUCCUGAUGAGGCUCUCAACUUUGUGGCACCCAGCAAAUAUGAGUACUGUAUCUGGACGGACGGACUGUGUGCGCUGUUGGGCAGAGAGAUGGGCAGUGACCUCACGCGUAGCGACCUUGACACACUCAUUAGCAUGGAGAUGAAGCUCCGCCUCCUCGACCUAGAGAACAUCACCAUCCCUGAGGCCCCGCCACCUGUGCCCAAGGAGCCCAGCACCUACAAUUUCACCUACAACUACGGAUAAAGUGUGCGUGUGCGUGUGUGUGAGAGUGUGAGUGUGAGUGAUCUGCUCUGCUCUAUACUGACUGAUGAAAGUUUGGACUGUAAACUGCGUUUCUCACUCACUGUUCACUGUUCAUUCUGGAAGGCUCUUCAGUUCUGAUUCUGAAUCAUUGCUGUUUGUACAUUUCUGUUAUGGAUGAUGUGAAAAUGAUCAGGAUCGUUGCUGCUAAUUGAUUUUUCCAUAAGUCAAUAAUGGAGACGGUACGAUUUUACAAUACCAAUAUUGAAACCUACAGUAUGGAUACCAAUCGGAUACUGAAACCUUGAGUAUCAGUGAUACUGAUACCGAUCUGACGUUGAAACUUUGAGUAUUGGCCAAUAUCAGUAUGAGAUUUCUUCUUUGAAACUACAAAUCUUCAUAAAAAAUGUUACCUGAUAUUAGAUCAGUGCCUUCUGUAGCCAAAAUCAAAUUAUUUUACAUUCAUUACAAUCAUAAAUAUGGUAGUAACUUAUUCUAUUAAUUAAUUAAUUAAUUAAUUAAAAUUUAAUAGAGGAAAUUGAAUGAGUUUUACAGUGGAGGUACACAGGCAUUGCCUGAAGUUUUAACUGAUGUACUGGAGACAUGGUGUGUUAACACACUGGCACUAAAUACUGACAAAAUGUUAAUACUGAACUGGUGAUUUUUAAGCAGUUAUCUGCUAACUCUUGUGCCACCACUUUUAAACUCUUAAUUUUGCAUCAUAUAAUUAAUUAAGGAGUUCAUUGUUUAAUUAACCAGUGCUUUUAACAUUAUCCUUCACUGAUUAGUGAAUUUUGUACUCCCUGUCGGCCCGUCGGCUCACUAACCUACUGAGGUUUGUUAUUAAAAAUAGUCUAUAUUUUUGUAAAUGCUGUGAUUAAGUAAAGCAGUAGAUGCUGUUCAAAGGAAAGCAGAGGUGAGAGUAAAAGAGUCGAGGUCUGGCCUGUUGGUACUGAAUGCUGUGUUUUCUGCAGACACUAAAAUAAACUGAAUGUUUAUGGUGCGCUUUGAGGCUAAAAAGAAGUAUAUUCAGAAUUCAUUUAUAAUACCUACAGCAGUAUCAGUUAUUCUGUUUGUAUUGUGUUGUGUUUUUCACACUAAGCUGAUCAGUUCCUCUGAGUUUAUAUUAGAAAAAUACAGUUUUUAUGGCAACAGUGUGAUUCUACUAACUGUACAGAGCAGAGUCUAUAACAGUUAGAAGAAAUAGUCAUUUACCCAAGACAGAGCUGUAACCACUAUAGCAUUAGCAAGGAUUCACUUCACCAUACCUUUUAUUCAGGCUUGUAGUCGUAGUGAGUGACAUGUUAGUGGAGACGUAACUGAAAUAUGGUAUUCAUUGUAUAAUAUAUAAAAUUUCUAUGUCUGUAUAUAGUGUGAUGCCUUAUUAAAACAACUGAGUUUGUGUGAAUAAAUACAAAGUUUAAAACAGA